GAACUCCACUCUCCUCCGCCCCCAGAGCCGACGGUCGCCGAGUUUCAACGGACUGAACAGAACUCAGGAGCUGCGACAUUCGGACAAGCGCGUCCUCGCAACCACUCCAAAAUGGCGACCUCUACAUAUGCGAGCAGCCAAAGGGAGAUCCGCGUGAUGGUGGUCGGCGACUCCAUCUCGCACGGGCGGGAGGGCGAUUGGACCUGGCGAUACCGCAUCUGGGAGUGGUUCAGACAGCAGCGGAUCCGCGUGCGUUUCGUGGGGCCGUACAAGGGCACCUCGCCUCCCGACGAACCCCAUCCUCCGCCGCCGCCCCCGUUGGACUCGGAGCCCCCGGAUCCUCCAACGCCGCUCCGGACCGAUGGAGGAUACGCAACGGCUGUCGAUCCGGAAUUCCUCGACAACUCGUUCCACUUCGCCGCAAGCGGGCGGCAGGUCAUGCAGGCUAAGCACCUCGUCGCCGAGCAGGUUGCGGCCUACCAACCCGACUUCUGCUUCGUCCAGCUUGGAUUCAACGAUCUCGGCUGGCGCGUGGCAGGGCCGCUGCACACCAUCACUGGCAUGAAGGACUUAAUCGACGCGGCAAGGUCCGCGAAGCCCGACUUGAAGUUUGCUAUCGCAGACGUCCCGCAUCGGACGACUCUUCCCGGUCGGGAAGACUUGCCCCGCCACACGGACCUCUACAACGACAUGCUGGCCACGUGCAUUCCGCACUGGAGCACGCAUACGUCUCCGGUCGCGCGUGUCCGCUUCUGCGAGAACUACUCGUGCGGCGGCACCAACUCCGAAGCUGCCUACGACGGACUGCAUCCCAACGCACUUGGCGAGUACCAACUCGCUCAAGCCUUCUCUCGCACGCUCGUCUCGGACUUUCACCUGGGCCGGAGCGAGCUUGAGAUCCCGCAAAGCAUCCCUGCCCGCCCGCUGCCCACGCCGGCGAAUCUCGAAGCAGUCACUGCUCCGAGUGGGAUCAUCGUCACGUGGGACGCUGUCUACGGCGCAUACGGCUACGACCUGCAACAUCGCGAUCGCGGCUCCGCCGACUGGGAGUUCACCCACAUCGAGUGCAACCGCUUCGACAUCGUGCGGCUGCAGAAGGGGCAAGAAAUCGAGUGCCGGGUCCGCGCGAGCGGCGGGGACAGCCUCCAUUCGCCCUGGAGCGAGAUCGUCUCGGCGGUUGCAGACCCGCAGACGGCGCCGCCGCCCGUCAACAUGGUCACUCACGCCACCGCUACCGGCUUCACCAUCACCUGGAACCCCCCGCCGCCCCCGUUCGCCGGCGAGAUCGAUCGGUACGGCCUCAUCACCUUCGACGAUGACCAGCCCGGCGCUUUCCCGUCCAUCCGCGGCGUGCGGGACACCAGCGCAGAGCUGACCGGCCUCACGCCCGGCCACCGCUACUACAUCGCCAUGGAGACGUGGACCACGGCUGCAGGCGGCGGCAUGCCGGGCGGUGCGCGCCCCGUGGUUGUUGGCCGGGGAGCGCCGGCUGCGCCGCGAUCUGUGCGCCUCGCGCUGAUCGACUCCUUCUCGGUCGAGCUCAGCUGGCCCGAGGUCCCUGGUGCGGCGGGGUAUGAGGUUUGGCGCCGGAAGGAGAGGUCCCUGCGUGAAUACCGAAGGCUGUUCGGAUAUCCCAUUGAGGGUCCACUGGGUUUUCCGAUCUCACGCGAGGAGGGAGACUCCGGCCAGACGGUGUUGAGGUCCGUUGUUUCGUGGUUCUGGGUCCGGGACUGGGAAUUCGCCGUUAGCGCCUACAACGGUGACCUGUCGUCGGACCUGUCUGAGUGGGUCACCGCGCCGCCCCCGGAGCCCGAGCAAAUAUCCCUGACGGAGACGGACUCCAUCCACGUUGUCCUUCGACGUGGAUAACUGCACUCAUCGGCUUCCAAGGGCGUCGGUGUGGCCUGG